AGCUUUUGGCACAUCAUUUUCGUUUCAAAAGUCCCAAUCAAUCCACGAAGAAUCAAGAUGAUGAAGGUUAGUCGGUUCGACCCUGUCUACGAGGAUGGGGAAACAAAGGUAGAAUGCCCCGAUGAAUUGCUUUCCGUACCAUUAAUGCUUGUGAAAUCUCUCAGCAAGGGCAUCACCACCAAUUGGAAGCCCGACAUGCCGUUUGACAAACGCGUGUUCCAUGUCGGUAUGCACCCUGUCGAGGGUGUUGGCAAGGCUCUAUAUGCUAGUCAGUUCAUUCCCAAGGGUAGUUACAUCCUUACCUUCUGUGGACCAUUGGUCAACGAAGAAGAAGCCACCAAGAGAGACCUGGCCAACUACGGGCGCGAAAUGGGAAACGAACUACAAAUUGGGGACGACUUUUACGUGUAUCUUCAGGAACCUAGUCGACUGAUCAAUCAUUCAUGUGAGCCCAAUGCUGGAAUUAUUGAUGAUACGGUUCUGAUUGCUGCCCAGGAUAUCCAAAAGGACGAAGAGAUCUGCUUUGACUAUUCCACGACCAUGGAUGAACCAGAAGUUUGGCAGAUGGAAUGCAUGUGUGGAGCCGCCAACUGCCGUGGAUACGCUGCGGACUUUAGGACUCUACCUAUAGACACUCGAAAGAAGUAUCUUCAGUGUGGCCUUGUCCAGAACUUUAUUCGCAAGAAGUACGACAAGGAAACUGGCGAGCCGUCGAACCCUACUGAGAGCUAGUAGGCACUAUGAGCUGGGCAUGUGUGAGUUUGUGUUUUUUUGUUGAGUGUCAUCUUUAGCUUGGCUGCCACCCAAUUAGAUAGAUACCUGUGCCAGUACAAGUAAAAACUUUUGGAAUUGAG